AUGACCGUCACAUCUACUGCCCGCCGUAGCGCGGCGCUGUUGCUCGCCCUUGGCAGCAUGGCAAACGCUCAGUCUGUUUUCAAGCUCGACACCGAUGACGAGAUCCGCGCAUCCGCUCGAACGCUCGCCUACGAUACGAUGCUCUACUACCACGGAAACGAAACUGGCCAGACUCCCGGUAUCUUGCCAGGACCUCCUCCUGGCGGCGAUUACUACUGGUGGGAAGGAGGAGCCCUCUGGGGUACCAUGCUUGAUUAUUGGCACUACACAGGCGACUCGUCCUACAACUCCGUCAUCAGCCAAGCGCUCCUCUUCCAGGUCGGCGAAGGUGUCGACUACCAGCCUCGAAACCACACCGCCUCGCUGGGAAACGACGAUCAAGGUUUCUGGGGCAUGUCUGCCAUGCUGGCUGCCGAGCUUAACUUCCCUAACCCGCCCUCCGACCAGCCUCAAUGGCUUGCUCUUGCCCAGGCUGUCUGGAACACUCAGGCCGCUCCCGAUCGUCAUGACGAGACGUGUGGUGGUGGCAUGAGGUGGCAGAUUCCUUUGUCCAACAACGGAUACAAUUACAAGAAUACCAUUGCGAAUGGAUGUUUCUUCAACCUUGGUGCGCGUUUGGCCCGAUACACUGGCAACUCGACCUAUAUGAAAUAUGCCGAAGAGACCUGGGAUUGGCUUGUGAAUAUUGGCUAUAUUGCCGAUAACUGGGACAUCUACGACGGUGCUCAUGUCGAAUCCAACUGUACCGACAUCAACAAGGCACAGUUUUCGUACAACGCUGCCGUUCUCCUGCAAGGCAUGGCCUACUUGUACGACUUUACCGAUGGCAGCCAGCGCGCGAUGUGGAAAACGAGAAUCGAUGGCCUCCUUGCCCGGACACUUGAGGUCUUCUUCCCCGAUAACAUCGCCUACGAAGUCUCCUGCGAGCCCGGACUCACUUGCACCACCGACAUGUACAGUUUCAAGGGCUACGUUCACCGCUGGUUGACUAAUCUCGUGCAGCUCGUUCCUGACACCGCUGACAAGAUUAAACCGGUCCUGAAAACGUCUGCCCAGGCCGCCGUCAACCAGUGUGUCGGUGGGGAUUCUCAACGAGCAUGCGGCUUCAGCUGGAAGUCGGGCAAGUUUGAUGGCAAGAUGGGCGCUGGCCAGCAAAUGAACGUACUCGCUGCCGUGUCGACCCUUCUAGUCGAUAGCGCGAAGGGCCCGCUCACUGCCAGCUCUGGAGGUACCAGCAAAGGAGAUGUCAACGCCGGCUCCAACAGUCCGUACCAACGCGAGCAUGCCCCCAUCACCACUGGAGACAGGGCUGGUGCUGGUAUCCUGACUGUCAUUGUCCUCGCCGCCGCGACCGGCACAUUUGGCUGGAUGAGCUGGGAGAGGUGA